GUGCCAAACUUCUCGCCACCUGCAGGGGAGCAGGGGCGUCCUCGCCGGCGGGACAGAUUAGUCAAGAUGUCUGCAAUUUCGAAGCAUUUCGGACUGAAAUACAAAGAAGAAUCAUACAUCUUUAAAGAGCUUGAGAAGAUUCGCCAGGAAACUAAAAAAGAUUUUCUCUGCUUCAAGCAGAAGUUGGUCUCCAAGCAGGAUGUGGAUGAAGGCCCAGUGUUGGGCCUUCAGGGCCCCUGUCCUACGCUUCCUGGGGAGAAAGGCAGCGCUUCUUGCGCUGGACCCCAAAAGCCAUCAGGGUCCCCUCCUCGAGCUAAAGGCCCUACGAUCCCUGCUGCAGCCCUCCAGCAGCAGGCGCCCCGAGGCGCAGCGUGGCCGCCAGACCGGAGAGAGGCGGCCGCUCCCGGGAAGACCCGGCUGUUUUGCCCCCAGGACUUCUACUUGCGGAGCUCUGGGUUCCUCAAGCCCCGGCCCCAGAAGAAGCCGCCGGGCAUCGCCUCCUGGGCUGGCACGUCCAGACCGAUGGUCCUGAUGCCGCAGCCAGCGCCCAGGGAGAGGACCGGGCAGCGCCAGGGCCCGAGGAGCCCGUGGCCCACGACCUCCAAGCCCGUCUCCCAACCGGCCCGGGAGGGCGACGCAAAACGGGAGAGCGCUCGGCUCACAGAGACCCUUCCGGCCAAAUCGAGGAAGGGCAGCGCCGUUUCCAGCCGGAAAGGCGACCCGGAGGCGGGCAGCCGGCAGUGGCGAGCCAAGAGUCGCACCCUGUCCGUGCGGGAGGACUCGGUCAGCCAGCCGCGGGAAGGCGCGCGGCCAGUUUCCAAAAGCCAGCGGGAGAGCGGCCUGGCGAGCCGCCCCCGGGAGCCCCCGCACCAGGUGCGAGCGAAACCCAGGUGCACUGAGGACGUCAUCGCCUCACUGCAGUCCGAGGCCCAGCUGGCCUCUGACCGGACUAUCAGAGAGCUCCUCCAGAGUGUCCUGGGCCAGAGCUACGACAUUGAGACGGAAUUACCUGGAUUGUUUCACGCAGGAGAGUGGCCUGGAGCAUUAGAGUCCAGGGGCCAGGGGCGCUGACACUGG